AUGUUAAAGUUUGAUAUAUCAAAUGUUAAGGGUAGUGAAAAGACUCUUUUAAAAAUGAUAAUUGAAAAAUAAAAUUGGAUUGAUUGUGGAGAAUAACAUUCAAAAGCUAAAAUAGUUUGGAAUUAAAGAAAAUAAGAUAAAUGCUCUAAAUUUUCAAUGGACAGACCAAGAUUAUAAAUCUGUAAUAAGAUUAAAGGAGUUGGUAUUAUAAGUUAAAAAGCAUAAACAAAGUAGUGUCUAUCUACUUUUGGAAUGUUUUACCCUGAGAUUAAUUAAAUUUACCCUGAAACCUACAUUUAUCCUUUAGACAGAAAUCUUUUGUAUUCAAAGAAUCUCAAUUAAUUUAUUGCCAAACCUUCAAAUGGAUCUGAAGGUAAAGGGAUAUUCUUUCCUAAUAGUAUGAAUGAUUUAAUAAAAAAAGCAGGUUUAGAACAAAUGGUUAUUUAGAAAUAUAUAGAUAACCCUAUGCUUUUAGAUAAUAAAAAAUUUGAUCUUAGAUUUUAUAUUCUCAUUUAAAAGUUAAAUCCUUAUGUUUGUUAUUUGAAUAAUGAAGGGUUGGUAAGAAUAUGUGUUGAUUCCUAUGAAAAAAAUAAUAAAAAUCAAUUUGCUCACUUAACGAAUUAUGCAAUCAAUUGUGAAAAUACUAAUUAUAUACCUUGUUCAAAUGAUUUUAUGAAUGAUAAUCAAUCAAACAAAUAAAGUUUUUAAGUAUUUAGAUAAACCCUAAAAAAACAAGGAUAAGAUGAUUAAGUGAUAUUUCAAAAUAUCGAAAAUUUAAUAGCUCAAUUUAUGAAAGCCAUUUAUCCAUUCUUACUUUAUCAUUCAAAAAGCGAUAAAUCAGAAUAAUCUCAAAAUUUUUGUAUUAUUGGUUUAGAUAUCAUAUUAAACAAUCAAGGUUAACCAUUCAUUUUAGAAAUGAAUUCAUCACCAAGUUUAUAAAUAACUUAAUUCAAGAAUAAUAAAGAAGAAAUAUCUCCUUUUGAUUUUUAUGUAAAAGAAUUAGUUGUCACUGACGCAAUUUUGAUUGCAUCUCAAUAAAAAGAAUGGAAGGAUACAUCUUAUAAAUUAUUAAGUGAUGCAUAUUAAUUAGUUAAUAAUUCUGUUCUUGAAUUAUUAAAUUUAUUUUGGUAUUGUGGAAAAGGUAUGAAAACCUUGUCUUGUUCUUAGUUUUGUAAAAUUAGCAAUUUUUCUGGUAUGCUUAAUGAAAAUCUUUAAAGAGUAGAAUAUCAAAUUUUGUUUUGUAAGUUUUAAGUUCAAAGAAUUGAUUUCUAUCAGUUUCUUGAAUUAAUAAUUGCUGUUCAGAAAAGAAUGAACAUCUAAUUGUAUAAUCUAUUAGAAAUGAUUCGUAUUUGA